GCGGAGCCGGAGGAGCCGCUGCUGCCCCGCGGGACCGGGACCGGGACCGGGACCAGGGGGAUGCAAACGGCCGGACGGCGGCGGGGGACCUGGACACAGGCACAAGAGAAAUGGCUGUUAUGUAGCAAGGAAGAAGAGAUGUCCCCAUUCAUCAUCCACAUUUAAGGCCAUGGUUCCCCGACCAGUGUGAGCUACUCAAGAGUGCAGGUCCUACAGACUGAAGCACACAGACUGCAAAUCUCAUUUGACCCAUGCAUUAUAGCAGUUUCUUGAAACUUGGCCUCAUCUGAUGGUAGCAAAGACAAGUCUCCACAUGAGAACCUAAUAAAAGAACUGGGUGUUUUGAAGUAGAGGAUGAAAGCACCAAGAGCGCAGCCUUCUGUAGAACUUGGAGGAAAAAUGGACUCAGCCCACCCGUGGAGCUAUUGCUCUUCUUGAUAUAUGAAGGGGUUGACAGCGUGCAGUCCCAAACCAGCCCCUUUCCAACGUGCCCAUUGGAACUGCUCCCCAGUGCCGCCUCUGCCCCCGGGGAACCCACCGCACCUCAGAGGCUCCCUCCAGCUUUCCGUUCUAAGGUGGUGUUUGUAACAGCAGCUGCAUCUUCGCCAGCUUCCCAGAGAGCCAAGCAGUUGAAGGUGAUGGAUCACUUGCUAUAUCAGCUGGAGCUGCGAUCACAGCGGCCUUGAGCUGAGUGAAAACUCAGGUUAACCCACCAUGCCUCGCUUGCUGCUUCAGUCACACAGGUCACAGAUGAUGGGGUUUCUUGAGGAGUUAGACCAUUACUCAUCCUUGGCCAAACUCAUGUCAAUCUACCAAGCAACCAACAGGACCACCUUCAACUGGACAGACAGCCGCAUUGUUGAGUGGGAGAAAUUUGCCGAGCUGGCUAAAUACGAGCCAGAAUCCCAGAAACCAACAGUGAAAGCUCUCCUAAUUGUGGCGUACUCGGUCAUUAUCAUCAUGUCUCUCUUUGGGAACAUGCUGGUGUGCCACGUGGUGCUGAAGAACAAGAGGAUGCACUCAGCCACCAGCCUUUUCAUCGUCAACCUGGCAGUGUCUGACAUUAUGAUCACGCUGCUCAACACACCUUUUACCCUGGUUCGGUUUGUGAACAGCACAUGGAUCUUUGGAAAAGCCAUGUGCCACAUCAGCCGCUUCGUGCAGUACUGCUCCCUCCACGUCUCCACACUGACCCUGACGGCCAUUGCCCUGGACAGGCACCAGGUCAUCCUGAACCCGCUGAAGCAGAGGAUGUCGCUAACGAAGGGAGCGCUGAGCAUCUCUGUUAUCUGGCUGAUGGCAACCUGUUUCUCCCUACCCCAUGCCAUCUAUCAAAAGCUUUUCCAGUAUAACUACAGGGAAGCCACUGUCCGAAGUUUGUGCCUCCCUGAUUUUCCUGAGCCUGCAGAGCUGGUCUGGAAGUAUCUGGACCUGUCUACCUUUCUCCUUCUUUACCUCCUGCCUCUGCUAAUCAUCACUGUCACCUACACGCGCCUGGCCAAGAAGCUGUGGCUCCGCAAUGCCAUUGGAGACAUCACCACGCAGCAGUAUAUCACCCACCACAAGAACAAGAAGAAGAGCAUUAAGAUGCUGAUGCUUGUGGUGGUGGUCUUUGCUGUCUGCUGGUUCCCUCUCAACUGCUACGUGGUGCUCAUCUCCAGUCUAGGCAUCAAGACGAAGAACUCCCUCUAUUUCGCCCUGCACUGGUUCGCCAUGAGCAGCACCUGCUACAACCCUUUCAUCUACUGCUGGCUGAACGAGAGCUUCCGCUCGGAGCUCAAGUCCCUGCUCUGCAUGUGCCAGAAGGUGCCUCAGGCUCAGGACAACGUGCUGCCGCCCGUGGUCACGUCCUGCCGCGAGGCGUGGACGGAGCAGGCCAGGUACAGGAAGGGACCUGCCUCGCAGACCAUUUGCUCCACCGUGAACAUCCAGACGGCCGACACAGACCUGUGAGCGGCAGGGCUGAGGUGAGUUAGCUGGAUUCGGUGGACACCAAAGGGCACAUCCCCGUUUCUCCUCAGGAACUGACGUUGCCGCUCUGGUGUUUUACCACCGACUUUUGACUUGUAUCACCCUUUACUCGGUGCAGUGGGAGCAGAGCCCCUCGAACACCCUUCCCGUGAACCCACAGCUGCAGCUGCUCCAAGGAGCAGGUAUACGUGCAGGGGACAUGGCGGUCCACAGACAGGGUGAUUUGCUUUCGAGGCUUUCCCAUCUUAUUACUAGCAGAGGGAGUGGGACCCAGCUUUCCGUCAUCCCUCGUGCUGUCCCGUCUCAGCGCUCGUAACACGUGCCACGACACGGGGACUUUGCAGAGCAACAGAAAUGGACCCGUUCUGACAUGUGUUUGAAGAAGGACUUGGACAUCCAGGUUGACUCCGUCCAUAUGGAGUUUCAGCAGAUAAUUUACCGCAAAGCCUCCCAGCAGAGGUAAAGCUCAGUCGAUAGCAGUUUCCCCUUCAGAUGGUGCUGCUCUUCCUCCCCUCGCUCCUUCUGCCCUGGCUCUGUCCCACCCUUCUUCCCUCUGCCGCUUCUGGAGCUGCAGAGCCAGCAGUUGGAAUGCAGCCCCCAGCCGCGAGGGGAGUGGGAAUGCAUGCCGGGCAUCGGCGGCAGCAGCCUCAGUCGGCACUCAGGUGGACAAAUUUAGUCCAUUGAGAAUUUCUUUUUGUUUUUAUUACAAAUGUAUUAAUUCAGGAAAUAAACCUACACUGGCACUAAACAAAAGGCCACAAAAUAUUUCAUCAGGGCUGUAACAUUCACUAACUGAAGAAUGAAAUCAUUCUCCAUAACUACUAAUUGCUGUAAAAGAGUUUCAUUUAAACAACGAAAUUGACUCAGACUAAGAGGGAAGAUUUUGUUUACAGUCCUUGAAAAAUACAGUUUAAUUUAGCUAUGCUUGGGAGGCAGGUGAAGAAAAGGAUACAGAACAAAGGAAAGAUUUAGUACAUGAGAGAGGAAAAAAAAAAAAAGAAAAAGACAGGGAAAGAGACAUUAAAGGCAGAAAGAAGGCAGAAUUGCUACAUGAUUUCACAAGCAGUGUGGAGCAGUGCCUGGGCACUGGGGAGCAGGAACUAGAAGGAUCUCCUGGCCUGGCCAGCGACAUCCCUUUCUCCAUCAUACCACCCCUCUUAAAAACUGCACCAAGACCAGCAAGGCCAGACUUCUCCUCCCAGCUUCCCUGGUUGAGCUUGAGCAAGGGACUUCUCUUACUUGGAGAGGACAGACAAAAGACGGGAAAAUAUUUAUUACUUACUUAUCCAUCCAGACUUUGGGUCGAGUUGUCGUAAGUCCUUUGCUGGAAAAAAAGCUAUGUGUGUUUUGAGCCCCGACAGUUCCUGGGUAAUCCUUCAAAACUUGGUGCUGGCGACUGGUAUGUGCUGUGACGGUGACAGAGGGGCUCUGGUACGGACGCGCCGGGGUGGUUACUCUCUUGUCCUCAGACCUGAAAUUCAGAGGGAAACACUGUACUCAUAGCAAAAAAAACCCCAAACAAACUGCUUUGGAUAAAAAGUAUUCAAUGUUGGUGUGGCCUAA